GGGGUUGUUUAUCACCAUCCAUGACAAAGGCCAUAUUGCAACAAUGCUAAACUCUUGGCCUGAAGAAAAUAUUAAGGCUAUCGUGGUGACAGACGGAGAGAGGAUUCUUGGUUUAGGAGAUCUAGGAAGUUACGGCAUGGGUAUCCCAGUGGGGAAGCUUGCUUUGUACACAGCUUGUGGUGGAGUUCACCCACAACAGUGUCUCCCUGUCCUGCUGGAUGUUGGCACAGACAACGAGGCUCUCCUGAGUGAUCCACUCUAUAUUGGACUGAAACACAAGAGGGUUCGUGGGAAACAGUACGACGAACUGAUUGAUGAGUUUAUGCAGGCAGUUACCAACAAGUAUGGCAUGAAUUGUCUAAUCCAGUUUGAAGACUUUGCCAAUGCCAACGCUUUUCGUCUCCUCGAUAAAUACCGCAACAGAUACUGUACAUUCAAUGAUGAUAUUCAGGGCACUGCGUCUGUUGCAGUCGCUGGAAUCUUUGCAGCCUUAAGGAUCACAAAGAACAAGCUCUCUGACCAUAAGUUUGUUUUCCAGGGAGCUGGAGAGGCUGCAAUGGGCAUAGCUCAUCUCAUCCUCAUGGCCAUGGAAAAGGAAGGAAUUUCACGAGAGGAUGCCAUCAAAAAAAUUUGGAUGGUGGACUCCAAGGGACUGAUUGUGAAGGGCAGGAGCCACCUGAACCAUGAGAAGGAAAUGUUUGCCCAGGACCACCCCAGUGUGAACACGCUGGAAGAGGUUGUGCAGAAAGUGAAGCCUACGGCAAUUAUAGGUGUUGCAGCCGUUGCAGGAGCUUUCACUGAGAAGAUUUUGAAGGACAUGGCGACCUUCAAUGAGAGGCCCAUCGUGUUUGCCCUGAGCAACCCCACGAGUAAAGCGGAGUGCACAGCGGAGCAGUGCUACCGCCUCACCGAGGGAAGGGGAAUAUUUGCAAGUGGGAGUCCUUUCUCAAAGGUAACCCUGCCCAACGGACAGACCUUCUUCCCCGGCCAAGGAAACAAUGCCUAUGUCUUCCCAGGAGUGGCACUGGGAGUCAUCGCCUGCGGAGUCCGGCACAUCUCUGACGAUGUCUUUCUCAUCACAGCAGAGGCCAUUGCUGCCGAGGUGACAGAGCAGAACCUUGCAGAAGGAAGGCUCUAUCCCCCCUUGGACAGCAUCAGAGAGGUGUCUCUCAAAAUCGCUGUGAAAAUUGUUGACUGGGCCUACAAGCACGGUCUUGCUUCUUGGUACCCCGAGCCGGCAGACAAGGAGGCCUUUGUGAAACGGCUCGUUUACAGUCCUGAUUACGAUUCGUUUGUUAUCGACGAUUACAGGUGGCCCCCCGCAGCCAUGCAAACACAAGACGUAUAAGUUUUUGUGAGAACUCUUCUCAUGUUGACCAUCAGUUCCCAUGGUUCACAUCACUGCUGAUAUAAAUGCACCUCCAGGCUUGCAGAAUGAUAAAAGUCAAUGAAUCCAA